CAGCUGCUUAAACAUUGGAGACACUCCUCAGUUCUUUGCAUAUUUGGGUCGCGACAUCGUCGCUGCAAUUUUACACCUGAAAGCCUUUUAACCGUCGCGUGAACCCUGUGACGUGACACACCGCACGCGCACAACAGGGAAACUAUUACGUAAACCCUUCAUCUCGGGAUCUGUCAUAAGGAUCUCCCGAUCGUCUACAGUUUAUUGACCUAAUAGAACCGGUGUCACAUUCAGUAUAGCCAGCCAUGGGAAAGGAGAAGCUACACAUCAACAUUGUGGUCAUUGGCCAUGUUGACUCUGGAAAGUCCACUACAACCGGCCACCUCAUCUACAAGUGUGGUGGCAUCGACAAGAGAACCAUUGAGAAGUUUGAGAAAGAGGCUGCAGAGAUGGGUAAGGGAUCCUUUAAGUAUGCCUGGGUGUUGGAUAAGCUGAAGGCGGAGCGGGAGCGUGGUAUCACCAUUGACAUUUCCCUGUGGAAAUUUGAGACCAGCAAGUACUAUGUCACAAUCAUUGAUGCUCCUGGGCAUAGGGACUUCAUCAAAAACAUGAUUACUGGCACCUCCCAGGCAGACUGUGCUGUCCUGAUAGUGGCAGCUGGUGUUGGAGAAUUUGAAGCUGGUAUCUCAAAAAACGGUCAAACCAGAGAGCACGCUCUUCUGGCCUACACUCUGGGUGUAAAACAGCUUAUUGUGGGUGUUAAUAAAAUGGACUCCACCGAGCCCAAUUACAGUCAAAAGCGCUAUGAGGAAAUUGUAAAGGAAGUCAGCACUUACAUUAAGAAGAUUGGCUACAACCCUGACACCGUGGCAUUUGUGCCUAUUUCUGGGUGGAAUGGUGAUAACAUGUUGGAGGCCAGCCCCAAUAUGACUUGGUUUAAGGGCUGGAAGAUUACCCGUAAAGAUGGCAGUGCGUCAGGAACUACUCUUCUGGAGGCUCUGGAUGCCAUCCAGCCCCCAACCCGUCCUACCGAUAAACCACUCCGUCUGCCUCUGCAGGAUGUCUACAAGAUUGGAGGUAUUGGAACGGUCCCUGUGGGUCGUGUGGAGACUGGCAUUCUGAAGCCUGGGAUGGUGGUGACCUUUGCACCUGUUAAUGUAACUACUGAGGUAAAGUCUGUGGAGAUGCACCACGAGGCUCUGUCUGAAGCUCUGCCAGGGGACAACGUGGGCUUCAAUGUCAAAAAUGUCUCAGUGAAGGAUAUCCGCCGUGGGAAUGUUGCCGGGGACAGUAAGAAUGAUCCGCCACAGGAGGCAGCCAGCUUCACUGCCCAAGUGAUCAUCCUAAACCACCCAGGACAGAUCAGUGCUGGUUAUGCUCCUGUGUUGGACUGCCACACUGCACAUAUCGCCUGCAAGUUUGCUGAGCUCAAGGAGAAGAUUGACCGCCGCUCUGGAAAGAAACUUGAGGAUAAUCCCAAGAACCUCAAGUCUGGGGAUGCUGCCAUUGUGGACAUGAUCCCUGGGAAACCCAUGUGUGUGGAGAGCUUCUCUGAGUAUCCGCCUCUCGGACGCUUUGCUGUGCGUGACAUGCGUCAGACGGUGGCAGUUGGAGUAAUCAAGGGAGUCGAGAAAAAGGCUCCGACUGGUGGAAAAGUCACCAAGUCUGCUCAGAAAGCCCAGAAGGCCAAAUGAAUUUUGUGUUUGACUGCCAACUCCAGUGUCGCAUACAACAGAACAGAGGUCACCCAACAAUAUACGAUUGGCUGCCCAAUCUCCAUAGUCAUAGAGUGGUUAAUCGUUCCAAUGCAUCGUAAAACUAUCAGAAGGAAAAAAGUUUACAUCAUGAAAUUUAUUGGUAAUAUUAGCUUGUUACUAUUUGGGGUCUAUUUAUUUGGGUUAUGACUGUUCACAACAUUAUGCGAACUUACUAUUCUUGAGAGGACAUUUUAUCAUGACCUCUCCUACUCUGGAGUGCAGUUAUAGUCUGGUUCUUAUACUGUUGUCUUGCUUUUAGUGUCUGUUUGGCAAUUAGUGUGUUUUUAGGUUUUGCUGCUUUUAGUAACUUAAAAACUUCUAGUUCUUAGUCUUUCUUACUAUUUAAGCUUUAAAGAAAUUGGAAAAUUAUUAACCUUUCCAAAAUCACACCAUGGUGAGCACUUUUCCAAGCACUUGACCUAAAGCUGGUUUUGCACAGGCACUUAUUAACUCUAACUGGCUUUGGCUUUUCCACCUUAUUGCUCAAACAAUUGAGAUCAAUAAAUAUUAAA